CAUCUUGUCUAUUGUCAUGGUUCAGGSCACUUCGUAGCAGAAGACAUAGCUACUUCUUAAGAAACAACCUUCCUAUCAGUCCCGCAGUCAUCCAAAGAUGCCAGGCUGCUUGUCAUCUACCAUUUCAAACACAAUAUUAGUCCUAUGUUAUUGCUUCCUUUKGAAUAGGAACGGUGCUAUURUCUGUGUGCAAGCUGCCGGUAACAACAACAAUCGCGCCAGUUUUCGGAGGCAUGUGGGUUCACUUGCGUCCACGCGCUUGCCCAAAAAAGAAUUAACCAACAAMGGCAAUGCUUACUCCACAACUGCAGGAGGAGAAUAUAUAAACAGCAACGACUGGGGUGUUGUAACUUCCGGGUCGCCGAUAUCUACUCCAACUGCUGCCCCGACGUAUGCGCCAUCCUCCUUCUCCGAUGCUUCAGCCGACAACGACGAGCACAAUGAGUGGCUUCUUCAACAGCAGCARUACCAAAUAGAAGCCACAACAUUUUCGACUGAGUCAUCGCCAUCACCACGUGCUAAUACACGCCGUAGGAACGGCAAGGGGAUUCUCCCUUCAUUUGUGUCGGUACAGAACAUGGCGGCAACUACCCGAUCCUUUUUCACUGCGGCACAAGCAUAUUCUCGACGUGUCUACGGCGAGAGUGCAACCACAUUCUCGGUAGCCUCGUCCUCCAUCGUUGUCUUUUUGUUGUGGAAUCUUUUGCCGCCGGCCCGUUCCAUCUUAAACCAAUUCUUUCUCGCCAGCCGACUAUCCGCAAAGCGGACGUUUGGUGCGUCCCUGGUCUUCUCGGCGAUCUCGCACUCGUCCUUCCGACAUUUGCUUGUCAAUCUAUACGUCUUUCUGAGCCUAUCACCGAAACUGUCGUCGAUCAAGGUCCCGUCGUCAUCCUGGGCAGCCAAGACUCGCAAAGCGUACGCAGGAUUGUCAGACGCGGCAUUGUGGCCCUUUUUCCUUGGUGGUGCCCUUGCCGGCAAUGGUAUGUUUCUCUUGUUCCGACCGAAGGGAUCUUGCUUGGGAUUGAGCGGGGUCACAUGCGCGAUGAUAGCAGUCUAUGCCAGUGCGAUGCCGGAUCGAGUGCUGCGAUUGAUGGUGAUGGGCAUCAUUCCCGUGUCUCUUCGAGCGGGAACGAUGGUUCAGAUUCUGUUUGCAGUKAGCCUCGCGGGGUCAUGCUUCAUGCCUUCGUCACCGAUUUCUCAUUUGGGCCAUUUGGGAGGACUGGUAUUCGGCCUAUUGUAUUACCAAAACGUCAUGAUUAGAAGUAAGCAGAUGCUUCCGAUGAAACUCUUGUUUGGGAAAUAAUGCAAUGCAACGCAAUGGAAUGGAAUGCAUUUCCGGUCGCUACACACAGAAACGAGACGAAGCGAAGGGAGAAGAAAUUUGUCUUUGUGGCAAAGCAAAGAUAUUACCCUUUGCAGGAAUAUGGGGUUUCGACGAGAUUUAGAAUUUUUUUAUUUAUAAURAUUUUGUUGGUUGAACUGAUGAGUGGAGUAGCACCUCCGCAAGUAUUGCACCGCCUGAACUACUGCUCCGAUCUUGCAGCACUCGGUUUGCAUGGCUGAAUGUCUUGUCCUGGUAGUUUCGCUCUGUGAUAUGAUAAAAAGCAACUGCRACG